GCUUGCUCUCCUGAGACCAGUGUUCCAGCGUUACAUGUUACUCUUCUUGGUGAUGAGUGGAGUUCAUCUGCUGGUGGGUUGUCGACCAUAAACAGAGAGCUUGCUAUUCACCUUUCAAGUCAUUCAGCAGUGAAUGUUUCUUUGUUAGUCCCCGAGGGAGCUUGCAAUUAUGAAGAAAAAAAUGAAGCCCUUACCUAUGGAAUCACUGUCGUUGAGGCGAAGAGACGUGCUGCAUUUGAUCGUCUUGUUUGGUUAAGCUCACCACCCAAGGAUCAUGUUAUGGACGUCGUUGUUGGUCAUGGGGUAAAACUUGGUCGGCAAGUUCAAUUCAUCAGAGACUCUACACAAUUUCCAAAUUGUAAGUGGGUACAAGUGGUGCAUACUGCUCCAGAGGACUUAAGCAAGUACAAAUGCUACACUGACCCCAUUUCAAAAGGUGAAUCAAAACACGAAUCAGAAGUUGAACUUUGCAAACUUGCUGACCUUGUUGUGUCCGUGGGACCGAAACUGAAAGAAGCAUACACUUCAUAUUUACAACGAUGCAAGACAGAUCAAGACGUGUUAUCGAUUACUCCAGGUCUUUUUCAAAGGGAGUUUGGGGAUUUAGUGGCAAAACAAGAUCCUAACGAGGAUGGUGAAUUCAAAGUGUUGUUAUUUGGUCGUGGGGAUGAUGAGGACUUUGAACUCAAAGGAUACAACAUUGCUGCUAAGGCACUUACUGAUCAACGGUUAAAAAACAAACCUUACCAUCUACUCUUUGUCGGGGCACCUGAAGGAAAGCAAGAAGAAGUUAGAGAAAAACUUCUACAGCGUGGUAUUGCAGAAGCACAGUUGACUAUUAGAAAAUUUAUCCAAAGUAGAGACAGACUGAAAGAUUUGUUGUGUGAAGCUGACCUUGCCAUCAUGCCAUCAAAAUCAGAGGGAUUUGGUCUUGUUGCCCUUGAGGCGUUGUCUGCGGGACUACCCAUUCUUGUAGGCAGUAGGUCAGGUUUUGCCAAAGCAUUAGAAAAUGUUCCUCAUGGUAAUGCAUGCAUCGUGAAUUCAGAUGACCCUGCAAAAUGGGCAAAAGCAAUAGAAGCUGUUCGCAUAAGGCAUCGAAUGAGGCUUCAAGAGAUAAAAUCACUGAGAGCGUCUUAUGGGGAGAUGUACAGUUGGAAGGAGCAGUGUGAAGCCCUUGUGAUCAGAAUGUGGAGAAUGAAUCGUGGUGAGUGUUAUUUGUUAAGUGGUGAUGUGCAUAAUUGUUUAUGUUGUACCAGUCAUUACAGUAAUGUAGUUUUCGUGGCACAAUAUAUGCAAAUAUAAGGGUGCAGCGAUGGUCUCUCACAAACACUGAAUAGAUGUAGUUCUUUGACCACAUUUUCAAGCACUAUAAAUUCUCUUUGCAAAUUUAGUACAUGUACGAGUUGUUCCGGAAUAUUUGACCACUAAAUUGUUUGCUAGAUAAAUAUGGCCAAGACAAUAAUAUACUUCUUUACAUUCCUAAUAAAUUACUUUCCUAAGAAGUCACCUUCAAUUCUUUUACGUGUAGAGCCAUACUUGAAUUUCAGUGUUGUUAUUUUUUAAACUGCUACUGAAGGAAAACAUACAAAGACAGUCAGUUUUGUGUUGGGCUGUAGAAAAACAUGCAAAAAUAAAAUGGGCUACUUGAAAUUUUUAGAUGCCUACUUUUUCUUUAUAAUAAUGAAGCUUAAAUGUUUUAUACACACCUUUUUAAAUUGUAUUGGAAGUUGUCAAAGUGAAUUUAAAUGCAUGAAAAGAUCUGUGAUGUGUGGAAUAAGGGUCUCCAUCACAUUUAAGGGUCAAAGUUGUCUGUGACCGUCAAAAUUUAUUUUUAGUGUUACAUGGGACGAGGUUGGUUGGUUACACAGGUGGUUAUGGCUGGCGCAGAGGUGAAUGGGUUACAAAAACAUAUAAACAUUAUUGUGUAAGAAGCUGAUAUCAAAGGGUUGUUCUCACACCAGAUGCCUUUGAUGUACCAAAGGGUGUUUCUGCCACUGAAAAGCAGCCUGUUUCAAAAACACAUGCUUCAGCUUCUGGAUUCUCAGAAGAGCUAUGUCCAGUUGAUGAAGAGACGAAAACUGAGGAUGCAACCAGAUUAAGUGAAGAAUCUCCCUCAGUUUGCCAUACUCCUAGCGUUUCAGGGCUCACUUCUGACCAACACCUGGGACCAUGAUUCACCAUUUGGCGACAACACCCUGUACAAAAAAAAAGAAACCCCUGCAUUUUUAGAGUCUGGCAGCUAAAGCAAGCUCGACAUAAAAGUGAAAAGGAACAAAAAUGGGAUCGCUUACAAGUUUUGCCCUUAAGUCUUGAUAAAAAUAUUCGCGAAUACCUGUCUGAAAGUUAUGCUCUGAUAACAGCAAAACAUUUCUAUUUCUUCACCUACAUUUUCAGAGCCUUCUAUAGAAAUUGACAACAACCAAAGAACAAACUCUUACGACGACGAGCAGCUUGUUUCAGAAACGUCCCUUCGUAGUGACUGUGAAAUGAAAGCUGAUGCUGCAUCAGGACAUCAAACUAAAAUAUCCACGAAUACAGACUCUCAGUCUCAAAAUAGCGGUAAGCGGAAAAUGUCAGAAUUCUCUUGUAAUCCAGCUAUGCAAAAACGUGAGUUGUUCUUCUUGCUAUUGCUCAACAGUACACUACUAUAUCUAAAGGGGGGAAGUGAUUGUUAGAUUAUUCAAACGUACUUUUUCCUACAGGACUUGUUACCGUUUACGCUCGUAAUGUAUAAGUGUAUUAUUAGUAAUGGUAAAACUUAUACUAGCCCCGAUAUCAAUAGUCGCUGGAUAGUCGCCAUUUUUAUCAGCUGUUAUAUAUAGGUAUAAAGAAAAAAAAUUUUGAAUAAACAAUAAAUACCGAUCAAUAUAUAAAUAUAUAUAUAAAAAAAUUAAAAGAUAUCGACACUAAAAUUAUAAAAAUUACUUUGGUUACUUUUAAAACUGUGGAUACUGCAUAAAACCUACUAAAAAAUUACAUCUUAUUACCUACAUUGUAAGGGCUGUCUGGAAUGAAAAUGUCUUGAGGGCCUUCUUUCAAAUGACAACUGGGGGGCUUCUCCAUAUCGCAAAAAGAAAUAAAUCCCAACUUUAAGCGCAGCAAAAGCAGAAGAGCGAUCUCUUAACGUGUUUUAAGUCCUGAAUUCUCCACUAUGCCAUUUAAAAAAAAAUGCGCCAACAGGUUUUCCAAUUUUGCUAAUUGUAUCUUUCAUCGAAUUAUUGUGAAUCUCUGCUAACGCCCUAACCAAGGUGCCUAGUGGAGGCUUGGAUGAGGUUUUUAAACCUCCUUGGCUAUGGUUGAUGCGCCUGAGUAGACAUUCAGUAAUGAUGAGUACCUUGACGAGAGCCGUUUCUUAAAUAUAGGCACUUCAAGUGAGGAUAGCGGAAUCUUUUUUAAAAAGCAUAUGCCCUCCAAGAUAGCUAGUCAUGAAAGAACAUCUUCCCUGAGGAAGGAACCUCUCACACAACAGUAAAAAUUAUAUUGACCACGUAAAUUUGUGUAAGCAGGUAAAAAGUGUUAAGUUAUUGCCCCUACUGAAUGUUUUGUUAUUAAUAGUUUAAAAAACGUUUAACUUUCCUGUUAUUGAUUUUCAGACUCUGUUCUUACUACUGCCUUUAUCGAAGUUAAAGUUUCUUCAAAUGCCCAAGAUUUAACUGUUGAACAGCAAAGAACGAUAACUAAAGAAUUGGAGCGGUUGGCUCACAGGUACCGAAGACACCAAGAUCUUUCGUCAUUGCCAUUUGUUAGUAGAGUAGCCCGCCUUGCUGAGUUUAUAGAAAAGGCUUUUGAAGUGGUCGUAUUGUUUGUGCAACCAGGAUCUUUGAUAAUAACAGUACAGUGCCCCAGUCUAGAGAGUCUUGAAAGUCUGUGGAAUGGUUACUGUUCUGGUUGCCUUAAUGACAUCGUUGAAAGGUUCCUGGUAACUGAUGAACUCAAGAGAAAGCUCAGGAUAGACAAUGUCAGGUUAAAGACAACUAUAGAAGAAGAAAACUACUUAGUUUGUAAGAAAGCUUUCAUGGAAAACUCAGGUGAGUUGGGCAGUCUUAGCACAGCUUUUUAAAGAAGUUAGAGAAAAACUUCUACAGCGUGGUAUUGCAGAAGCACAGUUGACUAUUAGAAAAUUUAUCCAAAGUAGAGACAGACUGAAAGAUUUGUUGUGUGAAGCUGACCUUGCCAUCAUGCCAUCAAAAUCAGAGGGAUUUGGUCUUGUUGCCCUUGAGGCGUUGUCUGCGGGACUACCCAUUCUUGUAGGCAGUAGGUCAGGUUUUGCCAAAGCAUUAGAAAAUGUUCCUCAUGGUAAUGCAUGCAUCGUGAAUUCAGAUGACCCUGCAAAAUGGGCAAAAGCAAUAGAAGCUGUUCGCAUAAGGCAUCGAAUGAGGCUUCAAGAGAUAAAAUCACUGAGAGCGUCUUAUGGGGAGAUGUACAGUUGGAAGGAGCAGUGUGAAGCCCUUGUGAUCAGAAUGUGGAGAAUGAAUCGUGGUGAGUGUUAUUUGUUAAGUGGUGAUGUGCAUAAUUGUUUAUGUUGUACCAGUCAUUACAGUAAUGUAGUUUUCGUGGCACAAUAUAUGCAAAUAUAAGGGUGCAGCGAUGGUCUCUCACAAACACUGAAUAGAUGUAGUUCUUUGACCACAUUUUCAAGCACUAUAAAUUCUCUUUGCAAAUUUAGUACAUGUACGAGUUGUUCCGGAAUAUUUGACCACUAAAUUGUUUGCUAGAUAAAUAUGGCCAAGACAAUAAUAUACUUCUUUACAUUCCUAAUAAAUUACUUUCCUAAGAAGUCACCUUCAAUUCUUUUACGUGUAGAGCCAUACUUGAAUUUCAGUGUUGUUAUUUUUUAAACUGCUACUGAAGGAAAACAUACAAAGACAGUCAGUUUUGUGUUGGGCUGUAGAAAAACAUGCAAAAAUAAAAUGGGCUACUUGAAAUUUUUAGAUGCCUACUUUUUCUUUAUAAUAAUGAAGCUUAAAUGUUUUAUACACACCUUUUUAAAUUGUAUUGGAAGUUGUCAAAGUGAAUUUAAAUGCAUGAAAAGAUCUGUGAUGUGUGGAAUAAGGGUCUCCAUCACAUUUAAGGGUCAAAGUUGUCUGUGACCGUCAAAAUUUAUUUUUAGUGUUACAUGGGACGAGGUUGGUUGGUUACACAGGUGGUUAUGGCUGGCGCAGAGGUGAAUGGGUUACAAAAACAUAUAAACAUUAUUGUGUAAGAAGCUGAUAUCAAAGGGUUGUUCUCACACCAGAUGCCUUUGAUGUACCAAAGGGUGUUUCUGCCACUGAAAAGCAGCCUGUUUCAAAAACACAUGCUUCAGCUUCUGGAUUCUCAGAAGAGCUAUGUCCAGUUGAUGAAGAGACGAAAACUGAGGAUGCAACCAGAUUAAGUGAAGAAUCUCCCUCAGUUUGCCAUACUCCUAGCGUUUCAGGGCUCACUUCUGACCAACACCUGGGACCAUGAUUCACCAUUUGGCGACAACACCCUGUACAAAAAAAAAGAAACCCCUGCAUUUUUAGAGUCUGGCAGCUAAAGCAAGCUCGACAUAAAAGUGAAAAGGAACAAAAAUGGGAUCGCUUACAAGUUUUGCCCUUAAGUCUUGAUAAAAAUAUUCGCGAAUACCUGUCUGAAAGUUAUGCUCUGAUAACAGCAAAACAUUUCUAUUUCUUCACCUACAUUUUCAGAGCCUUCUAUAGAAAUUGACAACAACCAAAGAACAAACUCUUACGACGACGAGCAGCUUGUUUCAGAAACGUCCCUUCGUAGUGACUGUGAAAUGAAAGCUGAUGCUGCAUCAGGACAUCAAACUAAAAUAUCCACGAAUACAGACUCUCAGUCUCAAAAUAGCGGUAAGCGGAAAAUGUCAGAAUUCUCUUGUAAUCCA